AUGGAAGAUUGUGGUUCUGUAUCAAGUGAUACCUCUACAGUCAAUUUGAUUAAUUAUUGUGUGGAAAAAAUGCUACCUCUGCCUUUAUUAAGGGAUAGGCAAUUACCUCCUGAAGAAUAUCAACAAAUAUGGGAAUUCAUUCAAAAGAAUGUAAGCGAAUUAAAUGCCAUGGUUGUAUCUUCCGUCGUUGACAAUCCCCCAUUGUCAAACAAUUGUAAACAUUUGGACGUUCCCAACACAUCCAUAUGUCAAGGGAUUCCAGAUAGUUUCAAUAAAAUCUGUAUGUGUGGCAUGUUUUUGGUUGAUGAUGCUCCUUGUGGUUGUCGUCGGGGUUUGUUGUAUUCUGACUCAUCGACCUCAGCUUCGGAACCAGAUGUGACAGAUGACUAUGAACCUGUUCCAGGACCGAGUUCUUUGCAUAGUAUUGUAAAAAUAGAAGAGGACGAAUUUUAA